AUGCGACUCGAUGCCUCGGCGUACGGACUCAUAGCCUGCGUGGUCGGGGCUCAGGCGGAGGAAAGGUCGACUAUAUCAUCAUCUACGUCCAUACCCUUGCCGGGGAGAGCCACGACAUCGACGACCAGUUCCAUCACCUUUUCGCCUAGCCAGUUCCAUGGAGAAUCAAAUAUCAUCCCGCCUGAAACCAACCUAAGCAUCGCAUGGAUACCUGCACAGAGCGUAACAGUCACCAAGAUCAAUUGGGUUAGGUGGGUUAGUUCCAGUUCCUAUGAGUUUGUAGGGACAACCUCGCCGACAACGCAGUUCCCUCGCUUGGGUCGUUCUCGGAACGAAGACGGAACAGCUGCUGCUGCUGUUGAAAAGGCGGACGAGAUCAUACUCUAUCAUAGAGAGAACUGGGGAGCAGUCGACACAUCGAAGAAUGAGUUGACGUUGAAUAUCACAAGACAAAUGGAAAAUUCGGACACCCACAGCAUCUUAAACACACCCAUCUUCCUACAACUUUUGUGGAACAGUACAGACAAAUCGGGCACCAAGCACAGCUACAGCUAUAGCACUUAUUUUGCCUUGACCAACUACAGUGAGCACAGCAGUCAGUUGGGCAGCCUCAAAGAUAAAAUGGGCAACCUGAGUCUAAAUAAGCCAGCGCUGUCUGAAGGAGUAGCCCUUGAUCCCCCCAACCAGCUGGGAACUGGGGGGGUUUCUCAAAGCCCAACUUCGGUGUCCGCCGUGUCCGCCGUGUCCGGGCCCGUGUCCUCGUCCUUAUUCUCUUUGGCGACCACCACGCCCGUGAUAGGUCAAGCAAACGAAAGCGGCAGUAAACCAAGCGGACUCGCAAUCGGCGCCAUCGUCGGCAUUGCGGUCGGCUGUGGCAUCGCAGGUCUUCUCAUCAUCGGCUUCCUCGUCUGGUUCCUCUGCUUUAGCCGCCGCCGCGACCACAAGCCUAUGCAGAACGUGGGCUACGCCUCGGACUCGGGUGUCCACGGCAUGAUGGCCGACAAGGAGAUGCCCGUUAUCAACGACAGCCCGCGGUCUCAGUACCCCGAUGACAACAGCCGUCUUCACGACGGCAGCUCCAUGGUGGUGAGCACUCACGGCCAGGAAGAUGACGGGUCGUACGCACCGUACAGCGACAGAACAGCGACACCUCCAGGAGCAGCAGCCGUUGUUUCAGGGACAGGGGCAGGGGCCGCCGCAGGAGCCACGGCGAGUCAGACGGAGUUGCGGUCGAGCAGGUCGCCCACGCCGCCUAUUGUAUCAAGAUAUGCACAUUUGGUUGAAGAAGGGAUGACAGAGGACGAGAUCCGUAGGCUCGAGGAAGAGGAGCGACAGCUGGAUGCUGCCAUAGAAGAUGCUGGCAGAAAUAGUCGUGCGGCGUGA